CCCAUUUCCGGGGCGGGCCGGAAGCGGCCGGGCCGGGCGGCGAUGGCGGCGCGGGCCGCGCUGCUGCUGCUGCUGCUUCUCAUGGCGGCGGCGGCGCCGGGCCCGGCCCAGGGCUCGCAGGGGGACCGGGAGCCGCUGUACCGGGAGUGCCUGAGCCGCUGCGAGCGGCAGAACUGCUCGGGGGCGGCGCUGCGGCACUUCCGCGCCCGGCAGCCGCUGUACAUGGGCCUGACAGGCUGGACGUGCCCGGCCGAGUGCCAGUACGAGUGCAUGUGGCAGGCGGUGCGGCGCUACCAGCAGGGCGGCCGCGGCGUGCCGCAGUUCCACGGCAAGUGGCCCUUCUGGCGGUUCCUGUUCUUCCAGGAGCCCGCCUCUGCCUUGGCCUCCUUCCUGAACGGGCUGGCCAGCCUGGUGAUGCUGCGGCGGUACCGCGCCGCCGUGCCGCGCGCCGCCCCCACCUACCCCACGUGCGUCGCCUUCGCCUGGGUCUCCUUGAACGCCUGGUUCUGGUCCACGGUGUUCCACACCAGGGACACGGCGCUGACGGAGAAGCUGGAUUACUUCUGUGCCUCGGCCGUCGUCCUGCACUCGGUGUACCUGUGCUGCGUCAGGACGCUGGGGCUGCAGCGCCCGGCCUUAAUCAGCGUCUUCAGAGCCUUCCUCCUGCUCUUCCUCGCCGGCCACAUCUCCUACCUGAGCCUCGUGCGCUUCGACUACGGCUACAACCUGGUGGCCAACGCUGCUGCAGGCACGCUGACGGUGGCGUGGUGGCUGCGCUGGUGCGUGCGGCAGGGCCGGCGGCUGCCGCACGUGUGGAAAUGCGCGGCCGCGGUGCUGCUGCUGCAGGCGCUGGCGCUGCUCGAGCUGCUCGACUUCCCCCCCCUGCUCUGGGUGCUGGACGCCCACGCGCUCUGGCACAUCGGGACCAUCCCCCUCAACGUGCUCUUCUACAGUUUCCUGAUGGACGACAGCCUCUACCUCCUGAAGGCCAACUCCGACCUCUUCAAAGUGGACUAGAGCUGCUGGGGGGGGUGGGCAGAGCCCCCCGUGCCCCCCCAGAGCCCUGCCCUGUGCCAAGAGACCUCCCAGCCCCCCCUGGCCACAGCCUCCUGCCCCCCCCAGCUGCCUUCUGAGGUUUGUUUUUCUCCCCCAGACCCCCGUGCCCCCCAUCUCCCUGCUGGGCACGGAGGGGUCAAGGACAGCCGAGCCCCGUCCCCAAACCCUCCCUGAGCUGGGGACCCCCGUGAGGUGACAGCAGGGGACACAUGGGUGACUGGGGAGGGGUCUGUGUGC